UUUAAUCAUGUUGUUUACAAUAAUACUUCUUUACAGGAUGAACCAAACAACGAUGCUGCAGUCGAAGCAAUAGCAGUUAAAAUUCCUACGCCGGUUGUACCCAAAAAAGUGAAGAAGCAAAUAAUUGUUGAGAUGGAUGAAGCCCUUCCGGAAGGUUUUAAGGAAACAACAGUCCUCGUGGAGGAUGUUCCUGGACGAGCUGAAGAUUCAGAGGUGGUUAUAGCGGCUGGAAAUGUCCCUUACAACCCCUUGGAGAAGGUUGAUGCUUCCAAAUUAGAGCUCUUAACCAAUGUCCUCCGCGGUCCGAAUGUGAAGCACACUCUUUUCGGGUAUCGCAAAGUGGACAACGAGUUUUUCUCCAUGCUUAUAGCACAAGGACAGUGGGUGGAUAAUAUGGUCUUGGAAAUGCUCGCAAUCUUGAUGUGGCACAAGAACGGUCAACAAAUGAUAGCAAACCGAUGCGUUGUUUUGGACUCCUUCCUGCUUUAUGAGCUUACUAAGCGUGCUGUCAGCUUCAGGAAUUGUAUAAAUAAGCUUGGGUUCAAAUGGGGCGACCGGCUAUACGACAUGGCCAAUGGAAUACACAUACACCGUGAACCUAGUCUUAGGUGGUUCAAGGAUGUCAACGUGGUAUAUGCUCCGAUGAACUGGAAAGGUGAUCAUUGGGUUGGGUUGGCAAUCCACCUCAGAGCCCGGAAUAUAGUUGUCUAUGACGCUCUCAUAGAACACACGCGGGAGUCUGUUGCAUGGUCAAAGAUGCAGCCUGUCUGCGAGAUGAUGCCGUACCUAGUGAGAGCGAUGUGCGCGGAUGUAUUGCCUGCGAAGUACUCAGUUGAACCUUUUGCCUAUGAGAGAAAUGUUAUGGUCGCUCAAAACCCAAGCUUACGAAUUAUCAGUAAAUACAUACUGACCUGA